AUACCAAAUCGGCUCGACUGGCAUGUCAUCAAGGUGGCAACGCCGCACCCAUAUACACACGCUGUCGCUUGCAUUUGUCAUUUUCCGGUCGUCAUUUCAUUCGUACGCGCGACUUUUUGGCGAGUGUGUAUAAAAAUCUCCGGCUUUGCGUAAAAAAAAAAAACAAAAAUCGUGCUGCUUAGCCCCCGAAAUUAGUGGAACAAACAAAAACACACAAAAUGGCCGAGAACAAGCAAGUGGAUACGGAGAUGAACGGCGAGGAUUUCACCAAGGACGUGACUGCCGACGGUCCGGGAUCUGAAAAUGGUGAUGCGGGCGCCGCCGGCUCGACCAACGGCAGUUCGGACAACCAAUCGGGCGCAUCCGGCCAGCGGGACGACGACAGAAAACUGUUUGUCGGUGGUCUGAGCUGGGAAACGACUGAGAAGGAACUGCGCGAUCACUUCGGCAAAUAUGGCGAGAUCGAGAGUAUCAAUGUCAAGACAGAUCCCCAGACCGGUCGCUCCCGAGGAUUCGCCUUCAUCGUGUUCACAAACACCGAGGCCAUUGACAAGGUCAGCGCCGCCGAUGAGCACAUAAUCAACAGCAAGAAGGUCGAUCCCAAGAAAGCCAAGGCCAGGCACGGCAAGAUCUUUGUCGGUGGCCUCACCACAGAGAUCAGCGAUGAGGAGAUUAAAACCUACUUUGGACAGUUUGGCAACAUCGUCGAGGUCGAGAUGCCAUUCGACAAGCAAAAGUCACAGCGCAAGGGAUUCUGCUUCAUCACCUUCGAUUCGGAGCAGGUGGUGACGGAUCUGCUGAAGACGCCCAAGCAGAAGAUCGCCGGCAAGGAGGUCGAUGUUAAGCGUGCAACGCCCAAGCCAGAGAACCAGAUAAUGGGCGGUAUGCGUGGAGGCCCACGCGGCGGUAUGCGCGGCGGACGCGGUGGCUACGGAGGACGUGGAGGCUACAACAACCAAUGGGACGGACAGGGAUCCUACGGCGGCUAUGGCGGCGGCUACGGCGGAUAUGGUGCCGGUGGUUAUGGCGACUACUAUGCCGGCGGCUACUAUAAUGGAUAUGACUACGGUUAUGACGGAUACGGUUACGGCGGCGGCUUUGAGGGUAACGGCUACGGCGGAGGCGGUGGUGGCAAUAUGGGCGGUGGUCGCGGUGGACCCCGCGGCGGCGGCGGCCCCAAAGGCGGCGGCGGCGGUUUUAACGGUGGCAAGCAGCGCGGAGGCGGUGGACGCCAGCAGCGGCACCAGCCCUACUAAAAAGGUGGCAGGGGGCGUGGGCAUUGGGUAUCUCGCAUUCUCCAGAUAACUGCAAACUAUUUGAAUUUUACCUAGUUUAGUUUGUUAUGCAUUACUAAAAGAAGCAACACACAUCUCUACAACAACACCAUCUGGGUAACCGCAUAUAUACGCCGUUGUAUAUAUCUGUAUGAAAGAAAUAAGGAAAAAAGUAAAUGAAGAGACUGGCUGGCUGGGAGCACUAAUAUCAACAUCAGCUACCUUUACACACCUUUACACACUUGAUGUGUAGCACCAUUCCAACAACAGCAACAGAAAAGAGAGCGUCAUAUGCAGCAGCAGCAUCGAGAGUUAAAAAGCAUCAUUUAUACCAUACAAAGCAAGCCACAACAAAGAAAAACAAACAAAAACAAAAAACACUACAAAAACCAAACACAAAUAGUUAGGCGUAGAGACACACACAUGUAAUUUUUCAGCAAGUGGCUAAUUUUUCAUAGCCACACGCUCAUUAAGCCGACAAACCAACCAAACAACCAACCAACCGCCCACCAAACAACCCUUCAACCCGCGUAAAACCACAAGACAACAUUGCAGGGAACGUGGCAAACAACAUUUGCCAAACUAAAUGCUAUGCAAUGCUCACGUUGCCUGUGUGUCGAAACUAAUUUGUUUUUCUAAUGUAGUCCCAUACAUUAUGCGAGGUAAUUGUUUAAUGCGUCAGUAGCACAGGAAGUCGGAGAGAUAGGAAAGAAAAGAAGAAAUCAAACAAAAAUACUUACAAAACAAAACAAAAUACAGCUAAAAUGUUUCAUACAUUACACAAUAGAGUAUAAGUAUUUGUUUAACUUUAAUUAUGAAUUAACUGUAAUAUGUAAUAAUAAUUAUAGAACCAACAAACAAAAGAAGCAAGCGUUGACUGGCUGGCACAUCGGGUUGCCUUCUUCCCGUUCGAUUGAAAAACUAUAUACAAUAUAUAAAAUAUACGAUAUACGACAAGACAAGACAACAAAGCAGAAACAACCUACAACAAACAAAACCACCAUAUUACAUAAUACUAACUAAUACAAAGCAGAAAGCGGAAACGGGAUUAGUUUUUGUUUUCGUUUUCGGAUAUUUGUAUUACGCUCAUAGACUACAUUUAUACAUACAUAAUACAUAAUGCAUCUAUAUUUAUGUACACUUCUGAAAGGGAAGAGAUUUAUAUUUUAAUAAAAAUCUAAAGCCACA